UCGAGCUAUGUCUACUUGAUCCUUGAAAAAGAAAUCUAAGAGGUUCUUGCUAUCACUUUUUCAAUCCUAUAUAAGGGAGGUCAGUAAGGUAGCAAAAGCACAUCUGUUUUGUGCUCUUUCAACUCUUUUUCCUGAUUCUUCUUGGGGGAAAAAUCUAAAACAGAGGAAAAUGAGCAUCACAGACGUCCUUAGCGCCGACGACAUUGCCGCAGCCCUGCAGGAGUGCCAAGACCCAGAUACUUUCGAACCCCAAAAAUUCUUCCAGACAUCGGGCCUCUCCAAGAUGUCGGCCAGUCAGGUGAAGGAUGUUUUUCGGUUCAUAGACAAUGACCAGAGUGGAUAUCUGGAUGAAGAAGAGCUUAAGUUUUUCCUCCAGAAGUUCGAGAGUGGUGCUAGAGAGCUGACAGAGUCAGAGACCAAGUCUUUGAUGGCCGCUGCAGAUAAUGACGGAGAUGGGAAAAUUGGAGCCGACGAAUUCCAGGAAAUGGUGCAUUCUUAAAAGCCCCAGGCUGUGGAGAUAGAGACAGUCAGCUGAGACAGCCGGAAGGCCUCCAAAGCCCCAGGAAUGGGAAACCCCACUUCCUCCCCCUAACUUAUUUAUUCAUCCCCCCCCCCAGUGCUUCUGCAAUUGCUCCCUGUUUUAGCAAGAUAAUAAGGCAGUCAUUCAUGAAUUUUCGGUGGUCUGUAGGCCCUGAUGACUCCUGUAAGGCCCUCAGCAGACAAUGCCUUUAAAAUUCAUCCAAUAAAGAUAUGUUUCUCGUCA